GUGGAAAGCCCUGAUGGCCCCAAUCGUUCGGUCAAGCACUUCCACCGGGAUCCCAUGGUUGACAAUCUGGAAGAACCCAAACUGGCGAGACGCCUGCACGACUUGCUCAACGACCGUGGGGCGGGGAGCGGAGAGGUCGAUGGUGGGAAUGGGUUGGGAGUCGGGUCGAACGGGGCUGGGCUUGAGAUUGGCGAGAGUUUCCGGUGGGUGGAUGAAGAAGCGAGGGAGGGAGGUGACGCCGGCGUCCACGAGGCCUUUAACUCCGAUUUUUGAUUCGUCAAACCGUUUUACCUCUUCGUCCCUGUCGUAUUGGUUUGCCCCGUCCACGAGUUGUCAUGUCAAAGAUAGACGAAGUUUGGAACUCGGAAAUGUCACAAAUGUGUGGCUUUUUAAUUUGAAUUUGGAAAAUAAAAGGUUUAAAAUAAC